UGCGCAAGGGGGAGGGUGUCGGGGCCGCUGGUGACGCACUUCCUGCCGCGCCACUGCACUUCCGGCCGAGGCAGGUUUCUCCGCGCCCGGGGAUUGCAGGCCUGGCUGGCACCGCAGUAACCGCCCCGGGGCAACUCCGGGAACCCAGUGAGAGGGCGGGGCCCAGAGAGGGGUGUCAGCGCGGCGGAGGGCCGGAGGUUAUAGAGAAAGCCUGCGCCGGCCUCGUUCUCCCCUUCUCCCGGCAUUGCUGUCUGCGCCGGCCUCGUUCUCCCGGCGGCCUCAGCGCUGCUCUCACGGGGCCCCAGCACCCGGCCGCGGGCCCACCCCAGAGGAGACGCUUGAGAAGAUGGAGUGAACGAACGGGUGAUUGAGUGAUAGCAAAGGCAGAGCACACCCGGCGGAGUCUUCAAAAGUCGAAGUCAAGGUAUCCCUCCAUGAAUGCCAGCAGAGUCCUCUCCAGUAGUGCCUGUUGGGUGAACAAGUCUGCUCCAGAGCAGGAUAUCUCUGAAAUUGAGUCACCGGGGACAGUAGGAAACAGGCUCCAAGAGGAUGAAUCCCGGGAUUCUACAUUUGAAAAAUAUGCAUGUGAGAGCAUCAAGGAAAACUCUCCUGAAGAGGUGCCCAGGUCAUGCUUUUUCCAGGAAGAAGGUUUUGGGGGAAUAACUUUCAUCCGAAAGGAAGCACUUCCUAAAAUGAUGAGCCAAGAAUAUAAUUUUGAGAAGAGGUUGCUUUUGACCUCAAGCCUUGUUACUCAUCUCAGGGUUUCUACAGAAGAUAGUCUACAUCAGUGGGAGACAAGUGGCAUACACACCAAUGAGAUUUCAAAUCAAAGUAAAUGCUCAACCCUCUCCAUUCGGAAAAAGUCUUGGAAAUGUAACAAAUGUGGAAAAACAUUUACUCAGAGCUCAUCCCUUACUCAACAUCAGAUAACUCAUACUGGAGAGAGACCCUAUGUAUGUGAGGAAUGUGGGAAAGCCUUUAGUUGUAGUUCAUUCCUUGUCCAGCAUCAAAGAAUUCACACUGAAGUGAAACCAUACAGAUGUGAGCAAUGUGGGAAAACAUUUCGUUGCCGAUCAUUUCUUACUCAGCAUCAAAGAAUCCACACUGGAGAGAAACCUUAUAAAUGUAAUGAAUGUGGGAAUUCCUUCCGCAGUCAUUCACAUCUCACUGAACAUCAGAGAAUUCACACUGGAGAGAAACCUUAUAAAUGUAAUAGGUGUGGGAAGGCAUUCAAUCAGAAUACACACCUCAUUCAUCAUCAGAGAAUCCACACUGGUGAGAAACCUUACUCAUGCAAUGAAUGUGGCUCUUCUUUUCGUAAACACUCAAACCUUAUACAACAUCAGAGAAUUCACACGGGGGAAAAACCCCAUAAAUGUGAUGAUUGUGGGAAAACUUUUCAAACAAAGGCAAAUCUUUCUCAGCAUCAGAGAAUUCAUACUGGAGAGAAACCCUAUAAAUGUAAGGAAUGCGGAAAAGCUUUUUGUCAGAGUCCAUCCCUUAUUAAACACCUGCGAAUUCAUACUGGAGAGAAACCUUAUAAAUGUAAAGAAUGUGGCAAAGCUUUUACUCAGAGUACCCCACUCACGAAACAUCAGAGAAUUCACACAGGGGAGAGACCCUACAAAUGCAGUGAAUGUGGUAAAGCUUUCAUUCAGAGCAUUUGUCUUAUUCGGCAUCAGAGAAGUCACACUGGAGAAAAACCUUAUAAAUGCAAUGAAUGUGGGAAAGGGUUCAAUCAGAAUACCUGCCUCACUCAGCACAUGAGAAUUCACACUGGAGAGAAGCCCUAUAAAUGUAAAGAAUGUGGGAAAGCCUUUGCUCAUAGCUCAUCUCUUACUGAACAUCAUAGAACUCACACUGGUGAGAAGCUCUUUAAAUGUAGUGAGUGUGAGAAAACCUUCCGCAAGUAUGCACACCUUAGCGAACAUUACAGGAUUCACACUGGUGAGAAGCCUUAUGAAUGCAUUGAAUGUGGAAAAUUCUUCAGACAUAGUUCAGUGCUUUUCAGACAUCAGAAACUUCACAGUGGUGAAUGAACCUGGCAUGAGGUAACGGCAGUUUCUCAAGAAAUAGUGGCUAGGAAUCUGGCUGAGAAGUGGGGGCAGGUAUAGUUCCUGGAAGGAAGGAUGAAGUAGCCUUAAAUGCUGCCCUCAUAAGAGUAUUUCCAGAAAUAUAUGUGGGGGCUUGGAGAAUGCAGAGCCUACUCCAGGUGGGCAUCUGGGAGUACAGGGUAGAAAGGAAGUUCCUGCUUUUCAGAUAAAUCCUUGCUGCUUGCCACUCCUCUCUUCUCAUGUGACUCUCAUACCUUGAGGUGCCAUUUGUUAAGUUAGUGUUUGUCUUUCCCUUACUACACUCACCUAGCUUCCCAAAUUAUCAUGUAUGUUCACUCAUCAGUUGGCUUAGAUGCUUUUCCAAACACUGUCAUUUUGAAAGUGGCAGCAGUUUGAGGUAGUGCUAAGUAGCCUCUAGAUUUCUGAGACAGCUCUGACCCUGUUACUGUGAGGGAAGCUGCUCAGCCUGUGGAAGUGGUCCCAUAAAGGGGAGACAGAAACAAGUGAAAGAUGGUCCAUAUUCAUUUACCAAUGAGAUAUGGACCAAGAACGGGUGAUCUCAACAUAGACGUUGGUAAAGAAGGCUUUUAUCAGAAUGAGGGAGAUCUUUCCUGAUCCUCUUAAGCUGAGGAAAGAAAUAGGUCAAGAGAGACUUUUCUUGAAUGAUGCCAUUUCUGGGAAGGCCAUGGGGAGGAAGGCCCAACCUCUGUUCGAAAGGAACAGUAGCUUAUCCAGGAUGGAAAUGGCCUGUGCUUGGCUAGUGAUCAUAAGCCACAGAGCAGGAAACCUGCUUAUGCCUGAGCAAGCCAUCAGCAUACCACUGGCCUAGACAGAGGUGUACACUUUUCUCUUGAGCUUAUAAAUCUGGCUAGGUUACUGGUUCACAGGGAAUCGGAGAGGAACCCACUAAGAUUAACUGUCUAAACCAAGUGGGAUUCGACUCAGUUUGUUUGCCUUUAAGGAUAAGAAAGUGUUAGCGAAGAAGGAAGACAGACUUUUAGAUUGGCUGGAAUUGGGGGAUGCUGCACCAGACCUAAUGAAAGUGUUGGUCACUAGUUGGGAGGGCUAGGUUUCAUGUAAUUAUGCCACUGGUGGUAUAAUACAGAUUUGUUAGAUAUCAGGUGUUUCUAAUUUUAUUGGGUAUAUGUUGUCCUGGAUAUUUACCCUUAGGUACAGAUUAGGAGUAUCUAGGGCAGUGAUGGCGAACCUAUGAUCUGCCUGUCAGAGGUGACACGCGAACUCAUUUUUUUGGUUGAUUUUUCUUUUUUAAAUGUCAUUUAAAUAU